CUCAGCCGCCGCUGGACGAGGAGCAGGGGAACAUGGCGCCGGGGCCGCCGUCGCCGCGGCCGGGAUCCCCGAGGCCGGGGCCGCGCUGAGGGCGCAGGCUGGAAGCAAUGGUGGCUAUUAGGCCAUGAGAAGCUGUGAAAAGUGACCUCAUCCUGGUAUACAACCACUACGGGACCUGGCACUGCUCGGGCAGCCAGCCCCCAGUGAUGAUGUCGGAGGCCAGCAGGUCCACUGGAAGACACUAAUCUGAUCUCGGAAGUGGCCGACUGGAGCAGGAUGUGUCGACGAUGAUGAUGGCAAGAAAACAAGAUGUCCGCAUUCCCACCUACAACAUCAGUGUGGUGGGGUUGUCUGGGACUGAGAAAGAGAAGGGCCAGUGCGGCAUUGGAAAAUCUUGUCUGUGCAACCGCUUCGUGCGCCCCAGUGCUGAUGAGUUUCACCUGGACCACACGUCCGUCCUCAGCACCAGUGACUUUGGCGGGCGAGUGGUCAACAAUGACCACUUCCUCUACUGGGGGGAGGUUAGCCGCUCCCUGGAGGACUGUGUGGAAUGUAAGAUGCACAUUGUGGAACAGACUGAGUUCAUCGAUGAUCAGACUUUCCAGCCUCAUCGGAGCACGGCCCUGCAGCCCUACAUCAAGAGAGCUGCUGCAACCAAGCUCGCCUCAGCUGAAAAGCUCAUGUACUUUUGCACGGACCAGCUGGGGCUGGAGCAGGACUUUGAGCAGAAACAAAUGCCCGACGGAAAGCUGCUGAUCGAUGGCUUUCUGCUUGGCGUUGACGUGAGCAGGGGCAUGAACAGGAACUUCGAUGACCAGCUCAAGUUUGUUUCCAACCUCUACAAUCAGCUUGCAAAAACAAAGAAACCCAUCGUGGUGGUGCUGACGAAGUGUGAUGAGGGGGUGGAGCGGUACAUUAGAGAUGCACAUACUUUUGCCUUAAGCAAAAAGAACCUCCAGGUUGUAGAGACCUCGGCGAGAUCCAAUGUAAAUGUGGACUUGGCUUUCAGCACCUUAGUGCAGCUGAUUGAUAAAAGUCGAGGAAAGACAAAAAUAAUUCCCUACUUUGAGGCUCUCAAGCAGCAGAGUCAGCAGAUAGCGACGGCCAAGGACAAGUACGAGUGGCUGGUGAGUCGCAUUGUGAAAAACCACAACGAGAACUGGCCGAGUGUCAGCCGCAAGAUGCAGGCCUCUCCGGAGUACCAGGACUACGUCUACCUGGAGGGGACUCCGAAGGCCAAGAAGCUGUUCCUGCAGCACGUCCACCGCCUCAAGCAGGAGCACGUCGAGCGCCGGAGGAAGCUGUACCUGGCCGCCCUGCCCUUGGCCUUCGAGGCGCUUCUACCCGGUCUCGAUGAAAUCGCCCACCUCAGCUGCGUCAAGGCCAAGAAGCUCUUGGAAACCAAACCAGAAUUCCUGAAGUGGUUCGUUGUGCUGGAGGAGACCCCGUGGGACGCCACCAGCCACAUUGACAACAUGGAAAACGAACGGAUUCCCUUCGACCUCAUGGACACCGUUCCUGCCGAGCAGCUGUACGAGGCCCACCUGGAGAAGCUGCGCAACGACAGGAAGAGGGCGGAGAUGAGAAGGGCGUUCAAAGAAAACCUGGAGACCUCUCCGUUCAUCACUCCCGGCAAGCCGUGGGAGGAGGCCCGCAGCUUUAUCAUGAACGAAGACUUCUACCAGUGGCUGGAAGAGUCUGUGUACAUGGACAUUUAUGGCAGGCACCAAAAGCAGAUUAUAGACAAAGCAAAGGAAGACUUUCAGGAGUUGCUUUUGGAAUAUUCAGAGUUGUUCUAUGAGCUGGAGCUGGACGCCAAGCCCAGCAAGGAGAAGAUGGGUGUCAUUCAGGACGUGCUGGGGGAGGAGCAGCGGUUCAAGGCGCUACAGAAGCUGCAGGCGGAGCGCGACGCCCUGAUUCUGAAGCACAUCCAUUUUGUGUACCACCCGACAAAGGAGACGUGCCCCAGCUGCCCGGCGUGUGCGGAUGCCAAGAUUGAGCACUUGAUUGGCUCGAGGUUUCUCCGACCCUCCGACCGGAAUCAGAAAAACUCACUGUCUGACCCCAGCAUUGAUAGAAUCAACUUGGUUAUCUUGGGCAAAGAUGGCCUUGCCCGAGAGUUGGCGAAUGAGAUCCGAGCUCUUUGUACAAAUGAUGACAAGUAUGUGAUAGACGGUAAAAUGUAUGAGCUGUCCCUGAGGCCGAUAGAGGGGAAUGUCAGGCUUCCUGUGAACUCCUUCCAGACCCCAACAUUUCAGCCCCACGGGUGUCUCUGCCUUUACAACUCGAAGGAGUCACUGUCCUAUGUGGUGGAGAGCAUAGAGAAGAGCAGGGAGUCCACGCUUGGCAGGCGGGACAACCACCUGGCCCACCUGCCCCUGACGCUCAUUUUGGUCAACAAGAGAGGCGACACCAGUGGCGAGACCCUGCAUAGCUUAAUCCAGCAGGGGCAGCAGAUAGCCAGUAAGCUUCAGUGUGUCUUUCUUGACCCUGCUUCCGCUGGCAUUGGUUACGGACGCAACAUUAAUGAAAAGCAGAUCAGCCAAGUUUUGAAGGGCCUCUUGGACUCUAAACGUAACUUGAACCUUGUCAGUUCUACUGCCAGCAUCAAGGACUUGGCUGACAUUGACCUGCGAAUCGUCAUGUGUCUGAUGUGUGGAGAUCCUUUUAGUGCAGACGACAUACUUUUCCCUGUCCUUCAGUCUCAGACCUGUAAGUCUUCCCACUGUGGAAGCAGCAACUCUGUGUUACUUGAACUCCCCAUCGGGUUGCACAAGAAGCGCAUUGAGCUGUCUGUGCUCUCAUACCAUUCCUCGUUUAGCGUCAGAAAGAGCCGCUUGGUUCAUGGGUACAUUGUUUUCUAUUCAGCCAAACGUAAGGCCUCCUUGGCUAUGUUACGUGCCUUUCUCUGUGAGGUGCAGGAUAUUAUCCCCAUUCAGCUCGUGGCACUCACUGAUGGCGCUGUCGAUGUCCUGGACAAUGACUUGAGUCGGGAGCAGCUGACCGAGGGGGAGGAGAUCGCUCAAGAAAUUGACGGAAAGUUCACAAGCAUCCCCUGUAGCCAACCCCAGCAUAAACUUGACAUCUUCCACCCGUUUUUUAAAGAUGUGGUGGAGAAAAAGAACAUAAUUGAGGCUACCCACAUGUAUGAUAACGCCGCCGAGGCCUGCAGCACCACAGAAGAGGUGUUUAACUCCCCCCGUGCAGGCUCGCCGCUCUGCAACUCGAACUUGCAGGACUCCGAGGAGGACAUGGAGCCGCCAUCGUACAGCCUGCUUCGAGAAGACACGUCUCUGCCCUCCCUGUCCAAAGACCACUCCAAGCUCUCUGUGGAGCUGGAGGGGAACGACGGGCUGUCUUUCAUCAUGAGCAACUUCGAGAGUAGACUCAACAACAAAGUACCUCCGCCAGUGAAGCCAAAGCCUCCUGUCCACUUUGAAAUCACGAAGGGGGACCUGUCUUACUUGGAUCAAGGCCAUCGGGAGGGCCAGAGGAAGUCUGUGUCUUCCAGCCCCUGGCUGCCACAGGACGGGUUCGAUCCUUCUGACUAUGCUGAGCCCAUGGAUGCUGUGGUGAAGCCAAGGAAUGAGGAGGAGAACAUAUACUCUGUGCCCCAUGACAGCACCCAGGGCAAAAUCAUCACCAUUCGCAAUAUCAACAAGGCCCAGUCCAAUGGCAGCGGGAAUGGUUCCGACAGUGAGAUGGACACCAGUUCUCUGGAGCGAGGCCGCAAGGUGUCUGUCGUGAGCAAGCCAGUGCUGUAUAGGACGAGAUGCACCCGGCUGGGGAGGUUUGCCAGUUACCGAACCAGCUUCAGCGUGGGCAGCGACGAUGAACUGGGGCCCAUCCGGAAGAAGGAAGAGGACCAGGCAUCCCAGGGCUAUAAAGGGGACAAUGCUGUCAUUCCGUACGAAACAGAUGAAGACCCGAGGAGGAGGAAUAUUCUUCGCAGUCUACGGAGGAACACUAAGAAACCAAAGCCCAAACCCCGGCCAUCCAUCACGAAGGCAACCUGGGAGAGCAACUAUUUUGGGGUGCCCCUAACAACCGUCGUGACUCCAGAGAAGCCGAUCCCUAUUUUUAUCGAAAGAUGCAUUGAGUACAUUGAAGCUACAGGGUUGAGCACGGAGGGAAUCUACCGGGUCAGCGGGAACAAGUCAGAGAUGGAGAGUCUGCAGAGACAGUUUGACCAGGACCACAACCUGGACUUGGCAGAGAAAGACUUCACGGUGAACACGGUGGCUGGGGCCAUGAAGAGCUUCUUCUCGGAGCUGCCGGACCCCCUGGUCCCGUACAGCAUGCAGAUCGAUCUGGUGGAGGCGCACAAAAUCAACGACCGGGAGCAGAAGCUACACGCCCUCAAGGAGGUGCUGAAGAAAUUCCCAAAGGAGAACCACGAGGUCUUCAAGUACGUCAUCUCCCACCUCAACAGGGUGAGCCACAACAACAAGGUGAACCUCAUGACCAGCGAGAACCUGUCCAUCUGCUUCUGGCCCACGCUGAUGCGGCCCGACUUCAGCACCAUGGACGCACUCACGGCCACGCGCACCUACCAGACAAUCAUGGAGCUCUUCAUCCAGCAGUGCCCCUUCUUCUUCUACAACCGGCCCAUCAGCGAGCCCCCCGGGGCCCUGCCCAGCUCCCCCUCGGCCGCCGCGCCUGCUGUCCCCUUCCUCACCUCCACGCCCGUCACGAGCCAGCCGUCACCCCCCCAGUCCCCUCCACCCACCCCGCAGUCCCCCAUGCAGCCCCUGCUCACCUCCCAGCUCCAAGCUGAACACACGCUGUGAGCUGCCCGGGGCUGGGUCACAGGAGAAGCGGACUUCUCUCGGAUGGAGCUGGCAUCCGGCCUUGAACAAAACCAGGUCGGCUGGGGCAGGGCCAGGGCCGU